AGGAGGGAGCUGAGGAGGAGGUGUGAGUCGAGCGGCUCUCGGCUGCCUCAUCUCAGCUUGAUGAUGAUCGCUGCCGUGUUUCUGGUUCUCCUCAGGCCGCUCAGUCUUCAGUGCGCGCUGCUGUUGCUGUUGCUUUUACUCGGGACCAUUGCCACGAUCGUGUUUUUUUGCAGCUGGCAACGCAGUGUCGCUCACGGGAAGCAGCCCAUCAAAUCAGUGCUGUCAGGGCGCUCCAAGUGCCGCGUGGGCCUCCGAACGCAUCAUUUUCGAUCAGAGGGCUUCAGACACAGUCCACGCCACUCGAGAAGAAGCUCAUAUGCUCGGGUGACAGACGAAAAGUCCAAUUUGGUGGAGGUCCCGGACAAUGAGCCGGAUUCCUCAUCGAUUCUCAGGAAAAGGAAAGUGAAGAAGCGAGUCCUGCCAGAGUUCUAUCAGUCUGUGCAAGUCACCCCGACACGCAAAACUAGCUCCUGCUCGGGGAACCCUUCCCUCCACUGCUCCAUGUCUUCCUCUGCCGAUUUAUCCGAAGAGGAAGAUUAUAUUGUCAAAUCGGGGUCGACAUCGCCGGCACCUGGCGAUACUUUGCCAUGGAACCUGCCCAGACAUGAAAGGUCCAAGAGGAAAAUUCAAGGAGGCUCCGUGCUGGAUCCGGCUGAGAGAGCGGUGCUCAGAAUCGCAGAUGAAAGGGACAGAGUGCAAAAGAAGACAUUCACAAAAUGGAUAAACCAACAUUUGAUGAAGGUACGGAAGCAUAUAAAUGACCUGUAUGAAGACUUGAGAGAUGGACAUAACUUGAUCUCGCUGCUCGAGGUCUUGUCUGGAGACAAACUGCCGAGGGAGCGCGAUGUCCUGAAGACAUUGCGGUUGCCUCGGGAGAGAGGAAGAAUGCGCUUCCACAGGCUCCAAAAUGUACAGAUAGCACUGGAUUAUUUAAAGAGACGGCAGGUCAAACUUGUAAAUAUCAGAAAUGAUGACAUCACAGAUGGCAAUCCCAAACUGACCCUGGGAUUGAUCUGGACUAUAAUACUGCACUUUCAGAUUUCAGAGAUUCACGUCACAGGUGAGUCCCAGGACAUGACGGCCAAAGAGAGGCUGCUCCUUUGGUCCAAGCAGAUAACGGAGGGCUACGUCGGUGUUAGAUGUGACAAUUUUACGACAUCCUGGAGGGAUGGCAGGCUCUUCAACGCCAUUAUUCACAAAUACAGACCCGACUUAGUUGACAUCAGCCGGGUCUCUACACAGACCAACCGAUCCAAUUUAGAGAAUGCAUUCGGUGUGGCUGAGCAACUUGGGGUGGCCAGACUGCUCGACCCAGAAGAUGUGGAUGUUCAGUCUCCUGAUGAAAAGUCAGUCAUCACAUACGUGUCAACACUGUAUGAUGCCUUCCCGAAGGUUCCCGAGGGAGGAGAGGGAAUUAGCCCCAAUGAUAUCGACAUUAAAUGGGUGGAGUACCAGAACAUGAUCAAAUACCUCAGUCAAUGGAUCAAACACAAUGUGGCCGUAAUGUCCGAUAGAUCAUUCCCCAACAAUCCUGCUGAACUUAAGGCACUUUACACACAAUACCUGCAAUUUAAAGAACAUGAGAUUCCACUGAAGGAGAAUGAGAAGACAAGAAUAAAAAACUUCUACAAAAUGCUUGAGGUGUGGAUCGAAUUUGGACGAAUACAUUUACCACCGGGUCAUCACCCAAAUGAUGUGGAGAAGGAAUGGGGUAAAUUAAUUGUUGCCAUGCUGGAAAGAGAAAAAAGCCUGAGGCCUGAGGUAGAAAGGCUUGAGACGCUGCAGCAGAUUGCCAACAGGGUUCAGCGAGAUUGUGUUCACGGCGAGGACAAGUUGGGGCUGGCAAGACUUUCCUUGCAAUCUGAUGUUAAACGUCUUGAAUCUGGCAUCCAUCUCCUAAAUGAAGCCGAGAUCGCCGGCUACCUUUCGGAGUGCGAGAACAUCCUGAGACAACAAGUAGUGGACAUCCAAGUUCUUCUCGAUGGAAAAUAUCCAUUCACAGAUCAACUAGUUCGAAGGGUAUCAAAUCUACGAGACGAUCUUCUCUCUCUGAGAGCGCAGUGUGCCUCUUUGUACAACAAAGGCCGCACUUUAACGACCGAGCAGACCAAAAUGAUGAUCUCAGGCAUCACGCAGAGCCUGAAUUCUGGCUAUUCCCACAACAUGAGCCGAACCCCUGCACUCACCCAGGGAGGCUUAGAUACCUCCACAUUCACCUCGAGCCUUACGCCGUCCUUGAGCCGUGGGCUGCAGUCUGCUUCAGAGCAAAGCUACAUGAGCAGCGCUGACAAUAUGGAGCCAGGCAUCCUCAGGCUAAUCGCACCCAUGCACAUCCCCAAGCCCUCAAUGAAGUCCACACUGACCGAUUCCAGCUUGACAGAAGCUGAGGUGAACAUGGAAUACAUUCAGGACCUGUUGAAAUGGGUGGAGGACAUGCAGUUGCAAUUAGAUCGCUCUGAAUGGGGAUCUGACAUGCCAAGCGUGGCGACGCACUUAGAUAACCACAAAGCGGUACAAAGAGCUAUCGAAGAAUUCCAAAUGAGUCUGAAAGAGGCCAAACUGAGUGAAAUGCAAAUGGAACUACCUUUGAAACAAACCUACUCUGACAAAUUAAGCAGUCUGGAAAAGCAGUAUGAAAAACUUUUGAGGUGUUCAAAGGAGCGACAAAGCAACCUGGAGAGCCUGCACGACUUUGUGUCUCAGGCAACACGUGAGCUCAUCUGGCUUAACGAGAAGGAGGAAGAGGAGGUCGCAUUUGACUGGAGUGAUCGCAACAGCAACAUAUCCAAGAAAAGAGACUACCAUGCUGAUCUGAUGAAGGAGCUUGAUGAAAAGGAAGAAGUGAUCAAGUCUGUACAAGACUUAGCGGAGCGUCUUCUUUUUAAGAGUCACCCAGCUCGGUUAACUAUUGAAGCAUACAGAGCUGCCAUGAAAACGCAGUGGAGUUGGAUCCUGCAGUUGUGCUCGUGUGUGGAACAGCAUCUAAGGGACAAUGCUGUUUAUUUUGAGUUUUUCCGUGAUGCCAAAGAAGCCAUGGACUUCCUUCGAAGCUUGCAAGAGGCCAUUCAGCGAAAGUACAGCUGUGACCGAACCAGCAGCUUGCACAGACUGGAAGAUCUCCUUCAGGAAUCCAUGGAAGAGAAAGAGCAACUUCUUCAAUACUGCAACACGGUAGCCGGGCUGAUGGGUCGGGCUAAGAAUAUUGUGCAGCUCAAGCCGAGGAACCCUGACAGCACUCUUCGAUCUUCCAUCCCUGUCAAAGCCAUCUGUGAUUACCGACAAAUAGAGAUAACCAUUUAUAAAGAGGAUGAGUGCGUGCUGGCCAACAACAAUCAUCGGGCCAAGUGGAAAGUCAUCAACCCUGCAGGCAAUGAGGCCAUGGUGCCCUCUGUCUGUUUCACCGUGCCCCCACCUAACAAAGAGGCUAUGGAGAUGGCUUCAAAAACGGAAGAAUUAUACCAGAACGUCCUCUCACUUUGGCAUCACUCCCACAUCAACAUGAAAAGUGUGGCGUCUUGGCACUGUCUCAUGGCUGAUAUACGCACUAUCCGCCACUGGAAUGUAGCUUCUUUUAAAACGAUGCUACCGGGUGAGCAUCAGCAAGUUUUGAGCAACCUUCAGUCUCAUUUUGAUGAGUUCUUGGAAGACUGUGAGGAGUCUGAGGUGUUCACCGUGGCAGACUGUGCUCAGCUGGAGAGGGACGUGGAAGGCUGCAAGGAAUACUACCAAGAACUACUCAAAUCUGCAGAGCGAGAGGAACACGAGGAGUCUUUGUACAAUCAUUACAUCUCAGAAAUACGCAACUUCCGGAUGCAUCUGGAGACCCAUGAAGAGCAACUGAUCAGGAAAAUCCGCACGCGUCUGGACAGAGACGACAUGUACCAGAGUCUGCAGCGCAUCACUGAGCAAGAGAAGAAAAUGGAAGAGCUGCAUAAAUUUAAGGAAGACCUGAAUAACAUAAAUGAGAAAUGUGAGGUGUUCCUCAGACAAGCUGCCGGCUUUCCAUCAGCUCAGACUCUUUCCGCCGAACUAAGCAUUGUGCUUCAGAGCAUGAGCCAAGUGCACUCCAUGUCUUCUAUAUACAUGGACAAACUGAAGACGAUCAGUUUGGUGGUGAAGCACAGCCAGAGUGCAGAGGCGUUGGUGAAGGCCUACGAAUCCAAACUCUAUGAGGAAGAUGCGAUCAACUCUGACCUUCAGUCUAUUGAAACAGUCACUUCCAUACUCAAGCAAUGGCGAACCGAGAUUGACGAAAACCAGGAAGUCUUCCACAAUCUGGAGGAUGAACUGCAGAAAGCCCGACUCACCAGUGACCGCAUGUUUAAGUCCCACAACGAGCGUGACUUUGAUCUGGACUGGCAUAAGGAGAAAGCCGACCAACUGAAUGAGAGAUGGCGCAACAUUCACUCCCAAAUUGAUAGCAGGCUUAGGGAUUUGGAUGCCAACAGCCAAUUCCUGAAGUUUUACAAAGACUCCUACAGUAGUCUAGACGAAUGGAUUCGAGAAGUUGAGACAGAACAGAUAAUGGCCCAAGAAAAUAAACCAGAAGAUAGCAAGGCUUUUGCUGAAGUGUUGAACAAACAGAAGGUUCUUGUUGCUGAAAUUGAACAAAAGCAGAGCCAGAUUGAUGAAUGUCAGAAGUACUCAGAACAGUGCUCCUCUGUCAUCAAGGAUUAUGAGCUCCUGCUGAUGACCUUCAGAGCGAUGGUUGAUUCCCAACACAAAUCUCCACUCAAGAAACGCAAAAUGCAGAGCUCUUCUGAUAUUAUACAGCAGGAGUUUAUGGAUCUUCGCACCCGCUAUACAGCCCUUGUGACCCUCAUGACGCAGUAUGUGAAGUUUGCAAGUGAAACCCUGAAGAGAGCAGAAGACGAGGAGAGAUCGGUGGAUGAAGAAAAGCGAGAGCAUGGUGAUAAAGUUAGCAAACUAUUAGGUUGGAUGUCUAAUGUGAAACAGAAUGCGAGCAAUGAGGGAAAUACUCUGAAAGAUAGUAAUGCCAACAGAGAUGCUUCAAAUAAAUCCCAGGUCUCCAUGGAGGAAAUGGUUACUAAGAAAGAGCAGAUUGCGGAAGCUAUUAGGGCCACAGAAAUGAUGCUGAACAAACACAGUGAAAAGAUGUCAGAAGAGGAGAAAGAAAAAGCCCAGGAACAGUUGAAGGAGCUCAGUCAGGCGUACAGUGACCUUUCCCAGCAAUGUUCUGAUCAGCCCACACAUGAACAUGAGGACGUGAAAGCCACCAGUAGCGCGGACUGUAUUUGGACCCAGGCAAUGGAUGGCCUGAGUAAUGACAUAAUUGGGUUCCUCCUUCCGACCCCAGACCUGUCUCAGUCUGAGUCUCAGAUGUGCUGGGAUGAUGUUCUCGAACAUGAUGCUCCUCACACAUCGACAACUGGGAAUUAUUUGCAGGAGUUAAACAUGGAGAACAAGUGCAUAGAGGAUUCAGACGUGACCUCCGUGUCCAUCUGCGACGUCGCAGCAGCAGCGAGGGAUGCGUCCACGGUCGACGAGCUUGUCGUAAAGAUGAUAGAAGUCAAGCAAGUCAGUGAUGGACUGAAUGUGACCUACUCAGGAGAUACGGUGACGCUUAAGACAGCGUUUCAGCAAGGGCUCAUUCCUGCUUCUGUCUAUGUUAACAUUCUCCAGAGGCAGAAAAUGGCGCACGACCAUUCUAAUGCAAAUGAGUCCCAUUUAGAAGCCAUGCAGGUUAAUAGACUGAUACUGGAGUGCAUAAGUGGGAAUAAAUCAGUGACACCAGGGAGAACUGUUAACACUAUGACAUCUGUCCACAACCUAGACAGAAUAUUAAAGUUGAAUCCCUCUGAGGAAAAUUUUGCUGAUAAUACAAGAGCAACACAAACAGUUAAUUCUUCCUCUGGCAACUUGGACAAUGGGGAUGGAGUAAGAGUAGAUGCAGAAGUUCAGUGUGAUUUGAUGAGUUUUAGCAGUACACUCAUCGUACUUGGGAACAGGCAUCAGUUCGUAGGCCUUGUGUUGCCUCGGCCGAAUGAAUGCCAGUUUAGUGCCGCAUCAUCGGAAUACUAUGAGCAUCGCAGCACUGAUGUGUUUGAAAGCAGGCUGCUCAGCAGUAGAUGGAAAGUUGCAGCUUUUUAUAUUCCAGAAAAUUCAGAGAUUGUGGAUAUCAAUGGUGCCGUACAAAAUGGUUACAUUGACGUUUACACGGCAGAUAUCUUAAAAUCCAUCGAAAUCCCUGAUGAGUUUAUCGAUGUUGAUCACCUUGAUGAAAAGUUUUCAUCUUGGCUCAUGUAUCGAAAACUCAAAGUAGGUGGACGUAGUCAUGAUGGAGUUGUGUUUACUCCUUCGGAGACAAAGCAGCUUUUUACAUCCUACCUAAUGAUAAAUAGUUACAUCGACCCAAAGUCUCAAAAUAGGGUUUUAAUACUUGACAAGCCCUUAAUUAAAAUGAUCCAUUUAUUUCUUGAAGAUUCUGUAUUAUAUGAUAGCACCCAACCCAGUAUGGUGCCUUGGACUGUCCAUACUGAAGAUCUUUCGGAGCAGGAGGACUUUGAGGUGCCAUUCAUAAGUGAGAAAGCAGAAGAAAUGGUGAUAAACACAAAGAAUUACAAAAUCAAUCCUCAUCAUUUUGUCCCCUCGUUUGAUGGGGUACUUGACAACAACAUAAAUGUAAAUGAUGAUCUAAAAAUGGAUUGCAUGGACAAUGUCACAGAAGCUGUUACGCUUACUGAAAGACCAACAGACUACCAAACGCUUGAUGAUCAUUUAUAUAUUGAGGAUCAAUAUGAUGCUAAUGAUGUUUACAAGAUUCCAACUACCCAAGAGCUUGCUUUUAUCAAAAGAUGUAAUGCUGACUCACUAUCGGUGUGUUCAGAGGAAAGCAGCCAUCAGCUUGCAGCAGAGCUUAGUGCUGAGCCAUUGUGCAAUGCAUCAAGGACGAUCAAUAACACUACAGAUGGUGAUGUGUUUAAGGGAGGAAAACAUCACAGUGAUAUUCAGUUGGAUUCACAGUUUGAAGAAAAGGGCAUUUUGGAUGACACAUCUGUCAAUGGCCUGGAGGGAACAACUGAGGAGACGGAGGAAGACAUUUAUUCAGAAGACUUGAUUUAUUCAGAAGGAAAGUGCAGCCAGCCUUACCCGGAUGAUGAUAAUCUUGGUCCUGUUGAUGUGAACGAAGACCGAGAAACACAUAAUUCAUCCAAGAGGAAGUCUUCUCUCCUGAUAGAGGAUGAUAUUGUUUUAGAUGACGAGGCAGAAAAAAAAUUAAUGGAGAUAAGUGAUCAUCAUUCUUCUUCAUUACUUUCUGGUCAUGAGCCACUGAUGAUGUCACCCUGCCAUAGGGAGGAGGUUUCUCCCGAGUGUGUCCUUCACUUGGAAGAAUCGGCUUCACUCUCUGAUGUCACCAACUCACUUAAUGGAGUCAAUAACCUGCUGGCUGAUAAGCAGGAUGAGUGCUAUGAAACUGCUGCUUCAUCUUCAUGUCGUGCUAUUACACUAGAAAGCCACAGUGAGUCUUCCACUGAUGCAAAUCAAUGUUACAAGGUCAACGCAAUGUCCAGUGAGUAUGAUUUCUACAAAGCUGGAAAUGUGACAACUUGCGAAUUGGGAAAAUCAUCAUUUUCGGUUUCCUCUUUUGUCGAGGCUGAGAUAGGCUGCUCAUCACCUGGAGAUGUGGUCAAUGAUGUACAAUGUAGCUCUGUCACAAAAGAUGGCGACAGACUCCAGCAGAUAUUUCUUCCUUCAGAGAGUGGUUAUGAUCUCAAACCUGAGCCCAAUACUUCAAAGCAUGAUCUGCUCAGUGAAAGAGUUUUGAACCUAUCAUCCUUCCCAUCUGUUUCAUCUCAUGAAUUUACAGCAAAAAAUCCUUAUGAUAAAAGCUGUGAUAUCAAAUUUGUUCAUCAGGAACAAACACUGACUGGUUUGAGAUGCAGUCCAGUACACCCAGAAGAAAGACAACUAACAGAACCAAGUGAUUCUGAGGAGAACUAUCACAAAUCAAGGGAGGUGUGUGUAGAAGAAACAUGUCAACAGAAUAUAAAUAUGGCUGGAUCAGUUUCAAGCCCACCCACUGCACCAGACUCCACCCAGAAUUCUGUGAUCGAAGUGAAACUCAAAGGCAAUAUACUUACUGAUCAAAAUGGAUUGGAUGUAGAUGGAAAACCUCCAGUAGUUCCGGAUAUCUUGCUGAAUAAAACUUUUAAUGGAAGUGAUGAUGCUCUCAGUUCAGACAAAAAUAAAACUGACGAUGAAGUCCAUGAAAGAAAGCCUGGGAUGCUAACCGGAAAUGUGAAAGACGAAUAUGAUGCCUUAACAAUGGAAGAGAUAGAAGAGUCCAUCGUCACCACUAGAAGAGAUGAAGAUCAAUCUGAUGCCCCAGCCAGAAAGGACAAAAUGAAGAUUCAUAACUCAGUUACAAACAAUGAAGAAGACUUUGGUGUUCAAAUUAAAGAGGAGGAAGAGUCGUUUGAUGCCCCAAGGGGAGAUAUUCAAGAAGAUGAUGCGGACAAUGUUCCUGGAAACAUUGAAAUGAAUUCUGACAACCCAACGAGAAAAGAUGAAGAGUGGUAUGAUGCCCCAUCUAUAAAAGAUGAAGAGACCACCUUUUCACCAAAUGGAGAGGAUAAAGAAUAUUGCAGCGUGCCAAUUGGAGAUGAUGAAGUGAGGUCUUGCCCCCAACCUAUAAAACAGGAUACUGAUGCUCCAACAGAACAAAAUGAACAGAUUGAUGCUCAAACUAAAAACUUGGAAGUCAAGUCCAUUGUUCUGCAUGAAAAAGCUGAAAAUGGGUCUAUUAGCUCACUCAUAAAACAUGAUGAUGAGUUUUAUACCCUCACUGGAAACACUGAAGAUGAAUACAAUAUCCUAACUACAAACAACGAAGAAAGUUCUGAUAUACCACUAACAAAAGAUGAAGAUGGAUCUCAUGGAUUUCAAGAAGAACCUGAUAUACCGACCAGAAGAGAUGAUAAAAAUCAUAAUGCUCCACCAGUAAAAGAUGAAGAGAGAUCUGAUGACUUGGCUAAAAAAGUGAAGCAAGAGCUCAUCUGUUUGGAUGCACAACAUUUGAACAAAACUGACACACAACAAGAGGGGAAAAUCCAUGAAAUGCAGCCUUGUUUUCUUAUCAGAAAAGAUGAAGUGGGUGAAAAUGAUGGUGCAUUAACUGGAAAAGAGGUUGGAGAAUCAAAUGAAAGAAAUGAAGAGUUGUCUAAAACUGGCAAAGAUGAAAACAAGAUCACAAUUUCAACUGUAAUAGAUGAAGACUGCAGUACCCCACAAGAAAAAGAUGAACGGGUUUAUGACGCCUCACUAAUGAAAAAUGAAGAUGGACCAAAUGACUCAACAAGACCAAACAAAUCCCAUGAUGACCUUGGAAAGGAUGAAGACUACUCUUUUGAUACAAUUAGGAAAACUGGAAAGGAGUCUGAUUCUCCAAAUACAAGAGAUGAAGCUGUGUCUCAUGUCCCACUUAUAAAAAACGAGAGUGGUUCUAAUUCUCCACCUGUAACAGAUGAAGAGCUGUCUGAUGCCUCACCUCAAAAGGAGGAAAAAGAUUCUGAUGCCUUGCUCAUGAAAGAUGAAGAGUGGUGUAACAACACAAUUAGUGAGCCUAAUUCUGAUCCCCAAACUAGAAGGGACAAGGACGAGAUGGUGGAGUGUGAUGCCCUACCUGUGAAUCAUGAAAACGAGUCUCCCUCAAUAAUAAAAGAUAAAGAAGGAUCUAAUUGCACAACUGUAAAUAAUAAAAUAUCUGAUGGCCCAACUAUGAAAAAUAAAGCGAGCUCUCACACACAAGCUGGAAAAGAAGAUUUUAAAGACCCAACUGGAAACACGAUAGAGAAGUCAAAUAACCAAAUUCAAAGAAUUGACGACAACUCUGAUGCUCCAGGAGCAAACGAUGAAAAGUGGUCCGAUGCCACAUUAAUAAAAGAUGGAGACUCUGAAAACUCAACUGGAAACUUUGAGAUCCCAAUUAAUAGAGAGAACGAAGAUCCAGAUACCCCAUGUGGAAUGCAUGAGAGCAAUGUUGUUCCAACAAGAAAAUAUGAAAAAGGGUCUGAUGCCUCACUUGUAAAAGAUAAACAAGGGUCUGAUGACGCAACUGAAGAAGUUGAAGGGGAAGAGGAGUGUUAUAUCUCAACUACAAGAGACAAAAAAGACUCCGGUGCACAAAAAGACAACUUAGUUGCUCCAGCACAAAUAGAUGAAGAUAAGUCUGAUGCCCAACCUCUGUCAUGUAAAGAAGAUACCGUGACUGGCAACAUUUUCAACGAGUCUUGUGCCCCAGAUAAAAGUGAAAAGGACUCUGAACUACCACCUUCAAAAGAUGAAGAGGAUUCUGAACCUCAAACCAGAACAAAUGAAGAGGAUUCAGAUGAAGAUGGGUCUUAUUACCUGCAUGGAAAAGAUCGAGAGAGCUAUUGUAUGCUACCUGAAGAAGAUCAAAAGUAUUCCAAUGUCUUAACUGCAAAAUAUGAAGUGGGUUCGGAUGCCACUCUUGCAAAGUCUAAUGCCUCAACUGAGGUGUCUGAAGUGCCACUUUUAAAAACUGAGGAAGCAUCUGAAAUGCCAACUGGAAUCAUUGAAGAGGAGUCCAGCACUUCGAAUAAACAAAGUGAACCAGAGUCUGAACAAGAUGAAGAAGGCUCUGAUACUCUACCUGGAAAAGCUCAAGGCGACUGUUUUACUCCAAUAGGAGAAGACGAGGGGGAGGCUGUGUUUGCAGGUCAAAGUCUCGUGAAAUAUGAAAAGGAGUCUGACGUCUCAAUUAUAAAAGAUAUAAUUGAGUGUCCUGGCAUAUCCCAAAAAGAGUGUUGUAUCCCAAUUGAAGGCAAUGAAUUCUGGUCUCAUACCUCAUCAAGAAAAGAUGCUCAAAUUAGAAAAGAUGAAAAGGAGACCGAUCCUCCAAUGAGAUUAGAUGAAAUCAGGUCAAAUGUCUUACUUCCAAAGGAUGAAGAGAAGUCUCUAAUGCCAGCUGAAAGUAUGCAAGAAGAUUCUAGUACCAUGUAUAGGCAAAAUGAACAAGUCUCUGAAAACGCUGCCAAGUCUGAUAACCAACUUGGGAAUAAUAACGGUAAUUAUUCUACUCCGACUGAAGAUGGAGUGGAAUCUGAUGUCAUGCCGGUACAAUAUGAAGAGUCUGAUUCUAUACUCCUAAAAGAUGAAACGGCAUCUCAUGACACAAUUCAAAAAAAUCAAGAGUCUGAUAUCCCAACUACAAGAAAUGAAGACCUGUAUCAUGCCACAUCUAUAAAAGCAUUUGAUGCCCAAACUAGAAAAAAUGAAGAGGAAAAAGACGAAGAAGGCUGUGACAUGCCUGCGAAACACAUUGAAGAAGAGUCCAAUAGCCCAGCUAGAAGAAACAAAGAACACUUUGGAAAAGAUGAGUGCAUUCCCCUGACUGGAAACAUUGAAGAAACAUUCCAUGUUCCAACUAAAAAAGCUAAAGUCUCUGAAGAUGUGUCUGAGAAGGAUGAUGAGAAUGAUCUAACUGGGAAAGUUGAAGAGAAAUCCAAUGUCCUGUCUAGAAGAGAUGAUAAAGCCUCUGAUGCAGCACUUGGAAAAAAGAAAUAUGAUUCUGAUGCACCAUCUGAAAAAGAUGACUUUGAUGCACCACCUGAAAGUUUUGAACAGCAGUUUGAGCCCUUCCUAAUAAAUGAUGAGUUGAAUACUCCAAACGGAGAUGCAGAAGCCUCUGAUGUAUUUCCUUCAAAAUAUGAAGGAUCAUCUGAAGCCAUGCUUGUAAAAGAUAAGGAGAACUCUCCAACUGGAACGGAUCAUGAAGAUGCAAAAGAUGAAUGGAACUCAGAAUCUCCAAUAGAAAAAGAGAAAGAGCAGUCACUUGCUCCCACCAUUCAGCUGCAGUUUCUACAGGUACUUCAAAGUGUCUCCUCGGGCCAAAACCUCUCAAUGCUCCAGGAAGUGAUGGAGAGCCGUGCUUUAGGGAGUGAUACUCACACCCUGGAAAGUAUCAAGGAGGAGAGCUCAGAGGAUGAACCGCUGGCAGAGCAGUCGCCUAUUCUCUCCGCCGACAAUGUGGACGAGAUCAAGAACCCGAUAUUCUCUACCCAGGAUUACCUCGAGUGUGUUGGGAGACUCCAAGAUCACGCCGAUGUUUUAGACGAUGUUAGAAAAGACCUUUUAAUCGGAGAAUCAAAUGGCACCAACAUGGAGGAAUUGCAGAUGCAAAUAGAUGAAAUCCAGUCACUGGAGUCCCAAGUUUACUUACUAGCUGGUGUCCUGACUGAAGAUAUGGAAAAGGCCAAACUGCUCUUAAAUGCUCCUGACGAGAACAUCCCCGCACAAAUCCGUAAAGAUCUGUCUUCAACAUAUGAGGAAUUACAGCAAAGUUUUACUACGGUUUGCCAAGAGUGUGCAGAAAAAACUCAGUCGUUGUUUCGGGCCAUGGAAAAUAGUAAGAAGGCAUAUUUGGAAUCAACAUACCAGAAACAUCUUGCUGAUCUCGAUAUGUUGGUGGGCCUCAUCCAAAAGGAACUAAAUAUGGCAGAUAUGGAUUUCAACACUUGUGAUGUUGAAGCACUCAAAUGCUGCAUCCAAAGAAACAAGGAUGCUGAGAGUAAUCUUCAUCAAGAUGUUAAACUCAAAUUAGAGGACGUCACAUUUGCUAUCCAGAGUUUUAUUUCUGAGCACGCUCACUUAUUGAGUCCCGCUCAGAGCAGUUGCCUCCUCAAGUGCCUCAGUGGCACUCAGAGAACCUUCAGGGACCAGAUGGACAAACUUGUCGCCAUGAGAUCUACCUUAGAUGUCCUCUUGGACACCAAGGAGAAGGAAGACCAGAAGAAGCUCAUAUUGGAAAGGCAGCAAGAAAUUGCAGACAAGUUAGAGGAAGUGUGUGACAGUCUCACUUUGACUGAGAACCGUUUGAUUGGGCACCAACAGCAGGCUAGCAAUGCCGAGUGCGUCACAGACCUGCAGCAGUACCAGCAGGAGCAUCAGGCCUUGCAAAAAGACGUCUUAACAAACGCCACUGCGCUGAAUGAGGUCAUAACAAGUACGAAAAGGUUUUUGGAGGAAAAUCGGGGCAAGUUGACGGCGGAGCAAAUUGCUGAUAUUGAGACCAAGUUGGAAGAAGCAAAAAGCAAAGCUAAGCUUAUCCAAAAGCAAGCGGAGGAGUCCAGGAAGGACUUAGAGAAGGUUGUAACCACUGCUAUAAAGCAGGAGAGUGAAAAGGCUGCAGCUGUUGAGCGUCUUGAGGAAAGCAAGAACAAAAUAGAAAGUCUACUAGGUUGGAUCUUAAAUAUUGGGGAUCAAAAUGGAAGAAGCAUUGAUGAAACAGACCUCAUAAGCAAAGACAAUGGAAACCUGCCAGAGGAGACAUUAGACAAGUUGCGGAAAGAAAAGAAGGAUGAUGCAAAUGGAAACAAUUUACUUCGAAGUGAAAGUGAUUUCGAUGGGCAAAGUGACGCCUGCAUGGAUAUUGACAAGCAGUAUGAAAGAGUCAAGGCUCACCAUCAGGAGAUUCUGUCCCAGCAACAGGAUUUGAUCAUGGCCACCCAGUCAGCCCAAGCUCUUCUGGACAAGCAAGCCGAUGUUCUGUCUCCACAGGAAAAGGAAAAACUGGAGGAGAACAUUCUGGAACUGAAGGGGCGCUACAAUGCCUCUCUCACCCAAGCUGAGCAGCAGAUGAAGCAGGUACAAUGUGUCCAGGAGGAGCUGAAGAAGUUUCAGGAUGAUUGCAAAGAGUUUGAGGACUGGUUAAAACAGGCUGAGGGUGAGGUGGAGCAUUUGGGUGCCUCAGCGGGUUCCCUAAAAAUCCUCAAUGACAAACUUCUCAGACAGAAGAGCUUUUCAGAAGACGUCAUCUCUCACAAGGGAGACCUUCGUUUCAUCACCAUUUCGGGCCAGAAAGUUCUGGAUGUAGCAAAAGCAUGUGGAGUCACUGACCCAGUGGCUAAAAAUAAUCAGAUGCAAGUGGAUACUUCAGGAACUUGUUCUGCUGUCAAGGACAAACUAGACUCUGCAGCUAGUCGAUAUAAGACACUUCACUCUCAGUGCAAUCAACUUGGCAACAAUCUCAAAGAUGUCGUUGACAAGUAUAAGAAAUACGAUGACUCAAGUUCGGAUCUACUUAAGUGGCUCGGGAGUUCCGAAGAGGAGGCGAGGAAGCAGCAGUCAGAGGCCAUCGCUGCUGAGCCACAAAUUCUCCAGACACAGCUGGAGGACACCAAGGCUUUACAAGGUCAGAUGAGCGGACAUCAGACUGCUAUUGACACGCUACGCAAAACAGCAGAUUCUUUGAUCUCAUCUGAUGGAAACCUGCUGAGCAACAUAGAUGAGAUCCAAGAGACAGUAGAUGACAUCGUGGAGCGGUAUGACAACUUGUCCAAGUCUGUGAGUGAUCGCAAUGAGAAGUUGCAGAUGACUUUGACUCGCUCCAUGAGUGUUCAGGACGGACUGGAUGAGAUGAUGAGAUGGAUGGAAGGAGUGGAAACCAGCGUGAAAGAAAAUGGCACAAUUCCACUGGACUCUGCAUCCAUCACAGAUAUGUUGAGCAAAGAAACAGCCAUAGAGCAGGACAUAGCAAGUCGCCAGAGCAGCAUCGCAGCCAUGAAAUCUAAAGUGACCAAGUUUGUGGAAACAGCCGACCCCACCUCCGCGGCACUCCUGCAGUCCAAGAUGGAUGCCCUCUCCCAGCGCUUCUUGGACACGUGUGACAAGCACAAGCAGAAAGUUUCACGUCUGGAACAGCUUAAAGACAAGGUGGAGCAGUUUGAGAAGGUCGCAGAAAAUGUCCAGCAGUUUGUUAUGAAGCGUUCGCAAGAUCUACAUGAGACCGACGGGCCAGGGAAAACCUUUGAAGAACUCUCUGAGCUAACGCAGAAAACAAAAGCUGAGAUGGCUGAACAUGCCAGUAAUUUGGAGAAGUUGCAGACGUUGUCGAAGGAGCUGUGUGAAAUGAGCAAAGAUGGUAACAAAGCAGUGAUGCAGAGCAAGAUGGAUAAUCUCUCAAACAUCUUCAGCACCUUCAAAGACACUCUCAAAGAAAAGGAAGAGGAGGUAUCAUCCUGUCAGGACCUGCUCGGGGAGUUCAGGUCUGCGGCCAGUGCUCUCAGCAAAUGGCUAGAAGAGACCAAUGAGAAAGUGCCCGUGGUGCAGAAAAGUUGCAGUGCAAAAAGUUUGGAGAAGGACCUCCAAAUAGUCACUGGAUUACUGGAGGAAUGGACAUCUAAAGGCCCUGCUGUGCAGGACUUGAACAAUAGAGGAUCUUCACUAUGUAGCCACAUUGCGAUUCUCACAUCCCCUGCCAAAGCGAAGAUCCCUAACAAAACAGCUCUUACUAACGGUGGUGGUCCAGCGAGCCAUUCCUACCUAACCAAUAAAGAGUUGAUGACAAUUCAGCAAAAUAUGUCCUUCGUCAAUGAGGGCUAUUCCUGUCUGGGUGACACUCUGAAGAGUCGAGCAGCUGAGCUGAAUGGAUCCGUGCGGGAGCUGAAAGAUGCCAAAAAGGAGACGGAAAACAUGAUGACGUGGCUGGAGGACAUGAAAAAGACAGCAGCUUCUUGGAAGAAUGGUGCCACAGAGAAAGAUGCAGUGAAAACACAACUUGAACAGCAGAAGGUGUUUGAAGAGGACAUGAAGCAGAAGAAAGAGCAGCUCCACAAGCUGAGGGAGAAGCUCAUUGACUUGAUUGAAACUCAUCCAAACUCACAAGAAGCUGACAAAUGGAAGCAGAUGUUGGCAGAAAUUGAUGCUGCUUGGGCAGAUAUCAGUGGCUCCGCCUUGGAGAGGAAGCAGCACCUGGAGCAGUCCAACAAAAAUUUGGACAUUGUCCAAAGUACUCAACUUCAGCUUGGUCAGUGGCUGUCAGAGAAGGAGAUGAUGAUGAGUGUCCUUGGACCGCUCUCUAUUGACCCCAACAUGCUGAAAAUGCAGAAGCAACAAGUCCAGAUCCUACAGAACGAAUUCAAGAGCCGCAAGCCUCAGUUUGAGCAACUAAAGGAAGCCGCAUCUGCCAUCUUAAACUCAUCAGAUAACCAGGACCCCUCAAAUGGGAAGCUGGUGAGGGAGCAGCUCACUACUGUUUCUGAGAAAUGGCAAGGACUUAUAGGACAGCUGGAUCAGCGAGAUGCCCUCAUCGACCAAGCUGCGGUGAAGACAGGGCAGUUCCAAGAGCUGUUGAGGACUCUCGGCCAGACCACCGCUCAGCUGGAGGAUCAGCUCAGCGGGCAUCAAGCCAGCAGUACCCAGCCCGAUGCGGUGAAGAAACAAUUGGAAGAUGUCCACAACAUCUCGGUCCAGCUGAGGGAGGAGAGGGGGAAGCUGAAAGAGGCUGAAGCCGUUCAUGCGGAGCUCACAGCGAUGGUGACUGAGGACUAUCUGAAAGCUGACUUAGACAGGCAGCUGGAGACUGUCAGCAAACCUCUCCGACAGCUGGAAGAGAGAGCAGCCAAACAAAUUGAGCAGCUGAACUCAACCUUCGCCAGCUCCCAGCAGUUUCAUCAGACCUCCAAAGAUUUCCAGUCAUGGCUGGCUCAGAAACUGCAAGACCAGUCGAAACCUCAGCCCAUCUCUGCCAAAGUGGACGUCCUUGAAAAAACUCUGGAUGAGCACAAUAACCUUCAGGUGGCGCUCAGAGAAGAAGAAGCCACUUACAGUUCAAUAGCAGGGGAAGGCGAAAUGCUUCUGCAAAACACUGAUGGUGCAGAAAAGUUGGCGCUGCAAGGUCAACUGUCUCUGCUCUCCUCUAACUGGCAGGAGGUGAAAAAGAGCUCCGAUGCACAGGGUGAAAAACUUAAGACUGCCCUGCAGAGAGCUCAGAAGUUUGACGAGCAUGUGGAGAAGCUCCACACUUGGGUGAAGCAGUGUGAAGCCAAAGAGGGUCGAGUCAAACUUGCUGUUGAGCCUGUUGCUGUAGAGGAUGCUGUAGUUCAAGUGAAAGCUCUUCAGAAGGAUGUAGACAAGCACAGAGGGAUGGUGGAACAGAUGAACAAUGCUGCAGGGAGCCUUCUCGAGGUGGCUGACGCUGACACGGAUGAAGUUCAAAAAGAGGCGGCGAGCAUUUCUAAAAGAGUGGACUGUGUAUUGGAAGGUCUCCAGAACAAAAGAGAAUCCUUGGAAAAGAUCUCACAUACCGUUAAAGAAUUUAAUGAAGAUUUCAAGGAGACUAAGGCUCAUCUAGAGGGAGCUAAGAAGCUCCUGGAUGCUUAUGAAUCCCAGGGAGUACAGGCCUACAGCAGUAAGAACUUAACCAACAUGAAAGCCCAACAGAAAAGCCUUGAAGGGCUGCAAAACCAAGUCGAGCACCUUACGAGCUUGGCAAAGACCCUCGUGGUUGAUCUCCCGGAUGCUGAUGGAGUGACAGACUUGCUACUGCAAGCUGACAGCAUAGAAAAGGAAUACAGCAGUCUUAACAAGAAGCUAGAGGAGACAUGCCAGGUCCUGGAAAGUAAAUUGCAGGGCAUUGGGCAGUUCCAAAACAGCAUCCGGGAGAUGUUCACCCGCUUCACAGACCUGGAUGAUGAGUUGGACAACAUGGCUCCGGUAGAUCUGGACUUGGUUGUUCUUAAGGAGCAGCAGGAGAACAUUGAGAGCUUUUUAGCACAGCUGCAAGCGCUGAUGGUCAACACGGCCGAUGCAGGAGAUGGCUGUAAAAGGAUGCUCGAAACGGACUCCUCACCUGACCUGUUGGGUCUGAAGAGAGACCUGGAUGCGCUGAGCAAGCAGUGUGGCAAGCUGAUGGACCGAGCCAAAGGCAGAGAGAGGCAGGUGCAGAGUACUCUGCUCAAGCUGGAGGAGUUCUGUGGAAAACUUCAACACGUGGAAGAUCAUCUCUGCAAAGCUGAAGACAAGGAAGCUUCCCAAGGAGCGGUCGGCAUGGAGACAGACAUUAUCAAUCAACAGCUGGAGGUUUUUAAGGCUUUCCAAAAGGAAGACAUUGAUCCUUUGCAGACACAACUCCAAGACAUCAACUCCAUCAGUCAGGGGCUGAUCCAGAACGCCGCCAGAGGCACCAAUACUAAAAAGCUCGAGGAUGACCUGGAGAAGGUUAACACAAAGUGGAACACGCUCAAUAAAAAGAUCGCUGAGCGUUCAGCCCAGCUGCAUGAAGCCCUGUUGCAUUGUGGAAGGUUCCAUGAUGCUCUGGACUCUCUGCUCAGCUGGUUGACAGACACGGAGGAGCUCAUGGCCAAUCAGAAGCCUCCUUCUGCUGAGUUCAAAGUGGUCAAGGCACAGAUACAAGAGCAGAAACUCUUACAGAGACUGUUGGAUGACCGUAAGCCCACAGUGGAGCUGAUAAAAAGCGAAGGGGGGAAGGUUGCAGAACUGGCAGAGUCUGUGGAUAAGGAAAAGGUUGCAAAAGAAGUCCAAUCCCUUGGGCAGAGGUGGGACACUCUGCUCAAGAAAGCUGAGAACAGGCAUAAGCAACUGCAAAGCAUUUUGGUGGUCACUCAGCAGUUCCAUGAGACUUUAGAACCUCUGAGCGAUUGGCUCGCCGCCACAGAGAAGCGCCUCUCCAACUCAGAACCAGUUGGCACGGAAACAUCGAAGCUGGAAGAACAGAUCUCCCAUCAUAAGACCAUAGAAGAGGAGAUAAUGAAUCGCAGUAAAGACCUGUUUCAUGCUGUCAGUCUGGGUCAGAUGCUCAAAGCUGUGAGCUCUGUCGAUGACAAGGACUUUGUUCAGUCCAAGCUGGACGCCACGCAGGCCGCUUACAUUGAGCUGCAGGAGCGCUGCAGAAGGAAAGCCGAGUUACUGCAGCAGGCCCUGGCCAACGCCCAGCUCUUUGGAGAGGACGAGGUGGCCCUCAUGAACUGGCUCAGUGAGGCACACGCACGUUUGAAGGAAGUGUCCGUGGAGGACCACAUAGUAGACACACUUGAAAAGCAGACGGCAGAGCAACUGGCUUUACACAAUGAUAUUGAAUUGAGGAAGAAGAAUGUUGACCAAGCCCUCUUCAAUGGAAUGGAACUAUUGAAGCAAACAACAGGUGAUGAGGUUGUUGUUAUCCAAGGAAAAUUAGAUGGAAUCAAAACAAAGUAUGCUGAGAUCACCUCCAUGAGUGAAAAUGUUUUGAACACACUGGAGCGUGUUUUGAGUCUCUCCACAAAGCUGCACCAAACACACGAUGAUCUGAGCACCUGGCUGGUAAAGGCUGAGGCCCAAGUCAGUUCUUAUGUGGAUCAGGAGCCAAUCGGCGAGCAGCUCACUCAAGCCCAAAACGUUCAAAAGACUUUGCUCAAGGAGACGAAAGACAAAAAAGCUGCAGUGGACAAGCUGAAUGAAUUGAGUACUUCCCUGCUGGAUCUCAUUCCCUGGCACACCCGAGAAGGUCUUGACAAGCUGGUGACGGAGGACAAUGAGCGGUACAGAGCUGUCUGUGACAGCAUCACUCAGCAGGUCGACCGGAUCAACGCAGACAUUCUCAAGUCACAGCAGUUUGAAGAAGCAGCAGAUUCUGAACUAGCAUGGCUUACAGAUGCUGAGAGUAAGCUACUGUCAAUGGGCGGAAUCAAAUUGGGACAGGACCAAACUGCAGCCCAACUACAAGCACAUAAGGCCUUUUCUAUGGAUAUUAUGAGGCACAAAGAUUCCGUGGAUGCAAUAGUGAAAACAGGAAAAUCCAUCAUGAGCAGCAAAAAAACAGAGGAAAAGGAAUUGUUAAAGGCCAAGACCCAGACUCUCGUAGAGAAGUAUGGUGCGGUGAGUCAGCUGAACUCCGAGCGCUCUCUGCAGCUGGAAAGAGCUCAGUCUCUUGCAAGCCAGUUUUGGGAAACCUAUGAAGAAUUGUCACCGUGGCUUCAGGAAACCCUGAAGACCUUCAACCAGCUGCCUCCACCCGCCAUCGAGUAUGACACGCUCAAGCAGCAACAAGAGGAACUAAGGCAAAUGCGGGAGCUGAUUGCUGAACACAAACCACACAUAGACAAGAUGAAUAAGACAGGACCUCAGUUAUUGGAACUGAGUCCUGAGGAAGGGCUGCCCAUCAGGGAGAAGUACACAACGUCCGAGCAGCUGUACACCAAAUUGAAGAGUGACGUCAAACAGAGAGCAGCCGAGCUAGAUGAGGCCAUCUCCAAAUCCACUCAGUUCCAUGAUAAAAUUGACCCCAUGCUGGAAUCCUUGGAGCGGAUUGCUGAGCGCCUGCAUCAGCCUCCCUCCAUUUCAGCGGAGGUGGACAAAAUCAAGGAGCAGAUAACAGAGAAUAAAAGUGUUAGUGUGGACCUGGAGAAACUGCAGCCUUCCUUUGAGACCCUGAAGCAGCGAGGCGAGGAGAUGAUUGCGCGGUCCAAAGACAGAGCAUUAUCUGCCAAAGUUGUACGAGACAAAAUGGACCAUAUGGUGUUCCUAUGGAGUGAUAUUCAAGUCUUGCUGGAGGAGCGCGAGGCCAAGCUAUUGGAUGUGAUGGACCUCGCCGAAAGGUUCUGGUGCGAUCACUGCACUCUGAUCGCCACCAUCAAGGACACCCAGGACUUGCUGAGGGAACUGGAAGAGCCAGGGGUGGAUCCUUCAGUUGUCAAACAGCAACAGGAGUUUGUUGAGGGUUUUAAAGAGGAGAUUGAUGGGCUUCAAGAGGAGCUGGAUUCUGUUAGAAACCAAGGCUCUGAGCUCAUGACAGCCUGCGGAGAACCUGACAAACCUGUGAUAAAGAAAAGCAUUGAUGAGGUGAACUCGGCAUGGGAAAACCUCAACAAGACUUGGAAAGAGCGAGUUGACAGGCUGGAGGAGGCCAUGCAGGGUGCAGUGCAAUUCCAGGAUGGCCUGCAGGGUAUGUUUGACUGGGUGGAUAUCCUGGAGAGCAAACUGGACUCCAUGUCACCUGUGGGCACAGACCUCGAAACUGUCAAGCAGCAAAUUGUUGAGCUCAAGGAGUUCAAAGUCGAGUCGUACCAGCUGCAGAUUGAGAUGGAGCGCCUGAACCACCAAGCGGGCCUCCUUCUCAAGAAGGUGACAGAGGAGUCCGACCGCUGCGCCAUCCAGGAGCCGAUGUACGAGCUUAAAAUGCUGUGGGGAAACCUGGAUGAGAAGAUCAUCAGCCGGCAGCACAAACUAGAGGGAGGCCUUCUUGCACUGGGACAGUUCCAGCAUGCACUGGACGAGCUGUUGGCCUGGAUGAACCACACUGAGGAGCUGCUCAAUGAGCAGAGAAAGGCAGGGGGAGACCCCAAAGCUAUUGAAAUUGAGCUGGCCAAGCAUCAUGUCCUUCAAAUUGACGUACUGGCUCACAAGUCAACAGUUGAGACGGUGAACAAAGCAGGGAAUGACCUCGUGGAAUCCAGUGCUGGAGAGGAAGCCUCUUGCCUGAGGAGCAAACUGGAGAACCUCGACCAGCGCUGGAAGGCCAUCUUGGAAAAGACUGAGCAGAGGAAGCAGCAACUGGAAAGCGCUCUGCUUCAGGCCCAGGGUUUCCAUGGUGAGGUGGAAGAUAUGCUGCAAUGGCUGAAAGACACAGAACGUCAGCUGUUGGCUUCAAAGGCUGUGGGAGGCUUACCAGACACAGCCCGCGAGCAGCUUAACGUCCAUCUGGAGUUGUGUUCUGCCUUGGAGAUAAAGGAGGAGCUAUACAAGGAGCUGAUGACCAAAGGUCAACAGCUGCUCGCUAUGAUGCCCGAGGGCAACACGGAGCAGGACCUCAACAACCUGAAAGACAAAUGGGAAGCCGUGCAGGCCAAAGUUGCUGAAAGGAAGGUCAAACUGGAGGAGGCCUUGACGCUGGCCACAGAUUUCCACAACUCUCUGCAAGACUUCAUCAACUGGCUGACCCAAGCAGAGCAGACGCUGAACAUGGUGUCGCCCGCCUCUCUGAUUCUGGAAACCAGUCUGUUUCAGAUUGAUGAGCAUAAGGUGUUUGUGACAGAGGUCAACUCUCACAGAGAUGACAUCAUCGAGCUGGACAAGACAGGCACGCAGUUAAAGUACUUCAGCCAGAAGCAGGAUGUGGUUCUGAUCAAGAACCUGCUCCUGAGUGUGCAAGGUCGCUGGGAAAAGCUGGUGCAGCGAUCUGUGGAACGCGGUCGUGUUUUGGACGAUGCCAGGAAGAGAGCGAAACAGUUCCAUGAAAACUGGAGUAAACUAAUCGAAUGGUUGGAUGACUGUGAGAAGACGCUAGACUCUGAAGUGGAAAUUGCCAAUGAGCCAGACAAAAUCAAGAAGCAGCUUUCGCAACACAAGGAGUUCCAGAAGGCUUUGGGCAGUAAGCAUUCGGUGUAUGAUACCACCUCGAGAACUGGACGAGCCCUCAAGGACAAGACUUCGCUUCAGGAUGAUAAUCAGAAACUGGAUGACAUGCUGAGUGAACUGAGGGACAAAUGGGACACUGUUUGUGGAAAGUCCAUAGAGAGGCAAAACAAGCUGGAGGAGGCAUUGUUGUUCUCCGGCCAGUUCAAAGACGCUCUGCAGGCUCUCAUCGACUGGCUGUACAAAGUGGAGCCUCAGAUGGCUGAAGACCAGCCAGUUCACGGAGACAUCGACCUGAUUUUGAACCUGAUAGACAACCACAAGGUUUUCCAGAAGGAACUGGGAAAGAAGACAGUCAGCGUCCAGGCCCUCAAACGCUCGGCCAGGGAGCUGAUUGACAGCAGUCACGACGACUCCUCAUGGGUCAAAGUUCAAAUGCAGGACUUAAGCACUCGCUGGGAGACGGUGUGCAACCUUUCGGUGUCCAAGCAGACGCGUCUGGAGCAGGCCCUGUGCCAGGCUGAGGAGUUUCACUCCACGGUUCACAUCCUGCUAGAGUGGCUGGCCGAGGCCGAGCAGAGUUUGCGUUUCCAUGGCAGCCUGCCCGACGAUGAAGAGGCUCUCCGUGCACUUAUUGAUCAGCACAAGGAGUUCAUGAAGAAACUGGAAGAAAAGCGUGUUGCUCUGAAUAAAGCCAUCAGUCUGGGUGAGGCUAUUCUGAGCAUCUGCCAUCCCGACUCCAUCACAACCAUCAAACACUGGAACACAAUCAUUAAAGCCCGGUUUGAAGAGGUACAAGCGUGGGCCAGGCAGCACCAGCAGCGACUAGCCGCAGCUCUCAGUGAGUUCUUAGCCACUCAAGACUUGCUGGAGAACCUUUUGACUUGGCUCCAAUGGGCUGAGUCAAACUUGAGUGACAAAGACAAGGAAGUCCUACCGCAGGAGAUCCAGGAGAUCAAAAGUCUCAUCGCAGAACACCAGACGUUUAUGGAGGAAAUGACCAGGAAGCAACCAGAUGUUGACAAAAUCACAAAAACACACAAAAGGAAAGCGGCUCUGGAACCUCAGAUCCACUCUCAGAUCCCCGUGCUGGACAAAGGAAGAGCUGGAAGAAAACGUUCUCCCACUCAAACCAUGUAUGCGUCAGCGACACAAGCACCCAUCGAAACCAAAAAUCCCCGUGUCAACCUGCUGGUCAGUAAAUGGCAGCACGUGUGGCUGCUGGCUCUAGACAGGAGGAGGAAACUAAACGACGCUUUGGAUAGAUUGGAGGAGUUGAAAGAGUUUGCCAACUUUGACUUUGACGUGUGGCGGAAACGCUACAUGCGCUGGAUGAACCACAAAAAGUCUCGCGUCAUGGACUUCUUCCGCCGCAUUGACAAAGAUCAGGAUGGAAAAGUCACGAGGCAGGAGUUCAUUGAGGGCAUCCUGUCCUCCAAAUUCCCCACAAGUCGACUGGAGAUGAGUGCUGUGGCAGACAUAUUUGAUCGGGACGGUGACGGCUACAUCGACUACUAUGAGUUUGUUGCUGCUCUUCAUCCCAACAAGGACGCCUACAAACCUUUGACAGAUGCUGACAAGAUUGAAGAUGAGGUGACCCGCCAAGUUGCCAAAUGCAAAUGUCCAAAACGGUUUCAAGUGGAGCAAAUUGGUGCCAACAAGUACCGGUUUUACCUUGGAAACCAGUUUGGUCUGGUUCACUGCUUACAUGACUCCGUAGUCGGCGAUGAGACAAUAGCAAACAGGGAAAAUCAAAAUCUAAGCCCUCACCUGCACGUUGCAGUUUUGGAAAGCUGUAUCCUGUUUGGAGACUCUCAGCAGCUUCGUCUGGUGCGUAUCUUGCGCAGCACUGUAAUGGUGCGAGUGGGUGGAGGCUGGAUGGCGCUGGAUGAGUUCCUGGUGAAGAACGACCCCUGUCGAGUUCAUCACCACGGGAGCAAAAUGUUGCGCUCAGAAUCAAACUCGUCGAUAACUCAGUCUCCUAUAGGUUGGCAAAUCUCAAACUUUCUCUCCCUGCUCCAUGAACCCACCAGUGCUAAAGGCAGGACCAACAUGGAGCUGCGAGAGAAGUUCAUUGUCCCCGAGGGCACCACGCAGGUGAUGGCUAGCUUCCGCUACCGAGGCCGUCGCUCACGGCCCUCGUCGAGGGCGGCGUCGCCCAACAGAUCCAUAUCCAGCCAAAGCUGUGUCAUCCCGUCCAACCCGCCAGUGAACAGCACUCCUAAGACGUGCCAACACAUAAGCCGCAAUUAUGAUAAGCCUUGGCUUACAAACAGCAAACCCUCCACUCCAAUUAAAUCAUCCGACUCCUUCGGGAGCCCAGGUUCAUCCUCAGAGACAAUGCCAGUUCAAGGGAGCAAGUUACGCCUUCCGGGCUAUUUGUCGGGAAAAGGAUUUCAGUCAAGCGAGGAGGGAACACUAAUCAACGCUGCCGUGCUCAAAGCUCGGGGUCAUGCUCGAGGAGACUCAAGGAAAAACUCGAGCCGACCUGGAAGCAAAGCAGGAAGCAGAGGCAGCAGUCGCAGAGGCAGCGACGCCUCAGACUUCGACAUCUCGGACAUCCAGUCGGUGUGCUCGGAUGCAUCGGAGACGGUUGGGGACGGCACGCGGACGACUCCGCGUUCCGUUUCCCGCCAACAAGGAGGGAAGCCCUCCAAGAUCCCCACACCUCAGAGAAGAAGCACUCCCACGAGCAAACUUGUCAAGGGAUCCAAGUGAUAGUCAGUGGCUUCAAGAACAAAGGCCACAAACACUGGAAUUACAUAAUUUAAGACUCCAAAUAUGCUGAGUGUUAUUUAAACUGAUGCUGAGUUGUAAAAUAUUCCUUUGGAGAGGCGAUAUGAUUGAGUAGUAUGCGUGAAUGGAAUGUCAAUGGCCUCGUGUAUUUGUUUUUAAUGUAUUUUACUUUUUGGUGAAAAAUGUCAAUUUUUUUUAAAUGAUAUUAUUUGAUUGAUCCUGUCAAAAUUUGAUGGUUUGCCGAAAAUGUCACUUGAGAGAAGUUACUGAAUGUACUUUUGUCAUGUAUGUGCUCUGGACUUUGGAGUAGCAUUGCACCAACAUGUGUGUGUAUGUGCGUGUGUGUGUGUGUGUGUGUGUGUGUGUGUGUGUGUGUGAGUGUGUAUGUGUGUGCGUGUAUCUGUGUGUGGCGCCGCGAAUAUUUAUUUAAGUGCUAACAAUCUACAGUACUUUCAAGGGCAAUGCAAUAUAACUAUGGUAAGCACUGCGGAAACCUUUAACAACACUCCAAGUAGCAGAAACCCUGCAGCCACAAGUCGUCUGUUUGCAGACGACUUUGCAGCAACAUGUGAGCCCCUUCACGCUGACAUUCUCUGUGUAGGCACAUUGCUUCAUUUCAGUUGUUACUGUAACUAUUACUUUGUAAUAAACCUGCUUGCACAAAGCUACAAGAAACUGUCUUA